AUGCAAAAGAUUUCAAAGACUACCGUUAAUGGUGUUGCUCCUGGUGGUACUGUGACGGACAUGUUCCAUGCCGUGUCACAUCACUACAUCCCUAAUGGAGAGAAGUUUUUGGCUGAGGAGCGUCAGCAGAUGGCUGCUCAUGCGUCGCCAUUGCAUCGGAAUGGCUUCCCUGAGGAUGUUGCUCGGGUGGUUGGAUUCUUGGUUAGCAAGGAAGGGGAUAGUUUGGAAAGUAAGUACCUAGUCUAG